AUGGACCCUUCGGGAAUCAUUGGCAUCAUUGGUGUCGUCGGUCAAAUUGGCAUCGCGAGUGGGAAGCUUGGUCUGAACUGGAAAGAAGCACCCGACGAUGUGAAGGCCUUCAUGAGUGAGCUCAGAGGUCUGAGCAAGAUUCUUUUUGAAAUCCAAAACAAACUCAUCGACAACCCCGAAUUCGUAUCGGCCUUUGAGGGGAAAAGAUCGGCCGUCAUCGCCAAUCUUGCCACCCCGUCUAGCUCCGACGAUUCAGCUGUACUCUUUACUUGCAAGGAGGAGCUAGAUGGUCUACUUCAAAAGCUCGAAAGCCUCAGUCAGGGGAAACUUUUCGGAUGGAGACGGAUGAAGGCCGCGUUCCUCAACGAGCGGCUGCAGAAAGCUGUGAAGGACUCGCAGCGUCGGUGCCAGAGCUGGUUGACAAACAUGAUUGCUGUUGACAACGCUGCUCUGCUUGCGAAUACGAACAUCGAAGUAAGGUCCACAAGGAAAGAGGUUCGAGAUCAGCGGCAAGAGGAAGAAAAGAAGAGACACCUCGAGAGCAAGAAACGGAUACUAGACUGGAUUACUCCGAUUGACUUUGCUGCGCAGCAAACCGACAAUCUGGACCGACGACAGGCGGGUACCGGAGGUUGGCUUCUUGAUUCCCAGGAAUUCCAGGCAUGGGUUGAGAAUGACCGCCAAACCCUCUUUUGCCCCGGGCUUCCUGGUGCAGGGAAGACGAUGCUAUCAUCGAUAGUCGCCGAAUAUCUUCAGGAUCGAUUCCAAACCGACGAGACCAUAGGCGUCGCGUAUGUCUUUUGUAAUUAUCGACGGCGAGACGAGCAGACCUCUCGCAAUCUUCUCGCGAGUCUUUUGAAGCAGCUAUAUCAAGGCCUUCGCGGUGGCUUCAGUGACAUAGAGACAGUCUACGAAGGACACGCCAGUGGCAAGAGGCCGCUAUCGACAGAAGAGAUCAAACAUCAUCUUCGAUCUAUUACCACGCGAUACACCAAAGUGUUCCUGGUUUCGGAUGCUUUAGACGAGUGCCGAGUGGAGGGGGAAAACCGGGACAAGUUUCUCUCGAGUAUCCUUGAGCUUCGCAAGAUCGCAAACGUUAAUUGCUUUGCUACCUCGAGAACAAAUCCUGAGAUAGCAAAUCAUUUCGCCCACGACCAUGCGAUAGAGAUACGAGCUGCGGAUGAUGACGUCAGAGCCUACUUGGACGGCCACAUAUCGCAGCUUCCCUCUUCCGUAAAGAAGAACAAGGAGCUUCAAGAUGAUAUCAAGGCUAUGAUCGUAAAAGCUGUCCAGGGAAUGUUUCUUCUGGCCGAACUUCAAUUGAAGUCUCUAAGAGGAAAGCGCUCAGCAAAAGCCGUGAAAGAAUGUCUCAAGAAGUUCUCUGGUGGCUCCGAUGCAUAUCAUAAUGCAUAUGACGAAGCCAUGGAGCGUAUUGAAGGCCAGCUUGAAGACCAGGUCACCCUCGCAAAAGACGCACUAUCGUGGAUCAUCUGCGCCAAGCGACCCUUGACGACGGAGGAGUUGCAACACGCUCUUGCCGUGGAGAAAGGAAGCAAAAGUCUCGAUAAAGACAACAUACCCGAGCUUGACGACGUUGUGUCGGCCUGCGCCGGACUGGUCACCAUUGACGAAGAGAGUCGCAUCAUUCGGCUUGUCCACUACACAACUCAAGAGUACUUUGAGAGAACCGCUCAUCGUUGGCUGCCCGAUGCGCAACGUCUUAUCACAUUUAACCUAAACGUCAAAGACGAUGAAGGCUUCACGCCAUUGAUCUACGCUAUGGCAUUCGAGAACUACGAUUUCGUAGACUUUCUUCUGAAGUUUGAAGACGUCACCCUCAAUUCUGCCAUCCUCGAUAGCUCAAAGACUUCGAUACCCGGCUCAAUCAGGACUAACAGCAUUGACGUCAAUGUCCAAGAUGAUACUGGCAUGACGCCAUUGUCACACGCAGUUCGAAUGUACCAAGUCAAGAUGGCGGAGCUUUUACUGGCCUCAGCAGUAGAGCAAGAUCAAACCCAAAUGGUUGAGCUUCUCCUGAGAACAAAUGGAAUUAUCGUCGACUCGAAGAACCCUGAAGGUCGGACAAGCUUGUCGGUCGCAGCUGGGACAAACAGCCUGAAGAUACUGUCGCUUCUCGUCGAGACUGGAAAGGUCAACGUCAACUCAGUAGACAACUUCGGUUGGACACCUUUGCACUGGGCUGCAGAAGCAGGACACGAAGAAAUCGUCUCGCUACUAGUGGAAACCGGACACGCCAAUCCUGUAACAUUCGACAAGAAUAACGAGACACCGCUUUGGACGGCCAUUGAUUCGAGGAGAGAUGGAGUCGCCAGGUACCUACUGUGCAAAGGGAAGGUUGAUGCCUGUUUACAUGUAAGACAAAAGAGGUUGAGGAGGACUCCGCUGGAUUCUGCGGUCAAAUGGCUGGGUCUUGAGCACGAGAUCACCAAGCUUCUCCGAGAAAGAAUGGAAGUGCUCGCGCAGAACAAGGCAGCGGAGGCGGGGGAAGGCAACCAGAAAGAGCGACGAGAAACAGACUCGAAGACGUAA